AUGACCGGUCUACAGGCGUAUGGGGCAGUAUCUUCCGCACUCUUUGCGCUGAGGUCCAAACAAUACAAAGCCGUGAGGAGCGGUGAUCAGCACCAAGAGAUUAGGGGCCAGCAUAUCGAAUGUUCUCUGCUGGAGACACAGGUAUCUGCGCUCACCCAUCUGGCCAGCAACUACCUACUCACGGGACAGGAAGCCCGCCGUCGUGGCACUUCUCACGCUAGCAUUGUACCGUACCAGGCGUUUGCCACCUCAGACGGAUAUAUGAUGAUAGCUGCAAUGAAUAACAAGCAAUUCAAAGACCUAUGUUGUGUGCUCGAUGUAUCGCACCUUCUUGAUGAUCACCGGUUUAAUGAGAAUGAAAGGAGGGUGGCAAACCGGGAUGACCUGCUGCCUCAGCUAGAGGCGCGACUACAGACGCAGAGUACUUCGGAGUGGAUGAAAGUAUUGCAGGGCACAAGUGUAGGGUGUGCCCCAAUCAACAGCGUGGGACAAGCGCUAAACGAUGAGCAGGUGUUACACCUGAACCUAAUCCAAAUGCUAGAGCAUCCCGUUGCUGGCCCUAUUAAGACGGUUGGACUACCUGUCUCGUUCAGUCAAACACCCGGAUCAGUUCGUACCGCACCCCCGCUAUUGGGCGAACACACUUCGGAACUUCUCAGCGAAUUUCUGCAGAAGACUUCCAUAGAGAUCAUUGAUUUGAGGGACAGGGGUGUAGUCGCGUGAUUUAUAGGCAGCGCGUGUC